CACACACACACACACACACACACACCAUGAUUUCCUCUCUCACAUGUACAGUAAUAUAGAGUGGUGCAGGAGGGUAGGUUUAGUACAACUUGUGAUAGGACGUUGUAGGAGAGCACAGGGAGCUCACCGAGUGUUGUGAGGCAGACAGCAGAGGAGGAACAGAAAAGGAGUGAGACACACACUUCUCCAGCCGGUUCACGGAGCCGCAUACAGAGCACUGCGUGACAAACAAAAAAACCCAUUACCUAGCAAAACUGCUGAUCCAGCUGAAGUUGGCCUGCUUCUCCUCCCCAUUGUCUCCGGUGGUCUGGUCCGUUGGUUGCGGUGGGCUGUGGGGCGAAAGAGGAACCAUGGCUCAGGUGGUCAGACCUGUUUUCUGGCUGUGGUUGCUGAUGUGCUGCUGGAGUCUUGCCAUUGCAAGACCGGGAAAGAAAGGGAAAAAGGGGAAGCAGGUUGUGUGCCCAGCACAGCUGUCCGCAGAAGAGUUGGCCGGAGUUCCUGCAAAUUCUACAUCAAACAUCCUCAAUCGCCUAAUGGUCAGUUACGACCCAAGAAUCAGGCCUAAUUUCAAAGGCAUCCCAGUGGAAUCCGGAGUGAACAUCUUUAUAAACAGCUUUGGCUCAAUUCAGGAAGCCACCAUGGACUAUAGAGUGAAUAUAUUUCUCCGUCAGAGGUGGAAUGAUCCCCGGUUGCGUCUUCCAACUGACUUCAAGAGUGACUCCUUAACUGUUGAUCCCAAGAUGUUUCAGUGUUUGUGGAAGCCUGAUCUUUUCUUUGCCAACGAGAAAAAUGCCAACUUCCAUGAUGUGACUCAGGACAACAUACUUCUAUUCAUAUUCAGAAAUGGAGACGUUUUGAUUAGUAUGAGGUUGUCUGUAACACUCUCUUGUCCUCUGGAUCUAAUGCUGUUCCCAAUGGAUACACAGAAAUGCAAAAUGCAGUUGGAGAGUUUUGGUUAUACGACAAGUGAUCUAGUUUUCAAGUGGCAGUCAGAUCCUGUUCAGAUGGAUGAAAUUGCAUUGCCACAGUUUGACAUCAAACAAGAAGAUAUUAGAUAUGGAAACUGCACAAAAUUCUAUAAAGGAACAGGAUACUACACCUGUGUUGAGGUGAUCUUCACAUUGCGUCGGCAAGUUGGCUUUUAUUUGAUGGGUGUCUAUGCUCCCACUUUGUUAAUUGUCGUGUUGUCCUGGUUGUCAUUCUGGAUCAAUCCUGACGCCUCAGCCGCUAGGGUCCCAUUAGGUAUUUUAUCAGUGCUUUCUCUGUCCAGUGAAAGCAUGCUAUUGGCAUCAGAGCUCCCAAAGGUUUCCUAUGUAAAAGCCAUCGAUAUCUGGCUCAUCACAUGUCUGCUGUUUGGAUUUUCUUCACUUGUGGAAUACGCUGUGGUUCAGGUGAUGUUAAACAGUCCAAAAUUGAUUGAGGAGGAGAAAGCAAAAAUGGCAACAAAGGAAAAAGCUUUGAUUGAGAAAGAAGGAAAGAUGGCCCUUAAAGCUAAGAAUACAAUCAAUGGCACUGGUGGCACACCUAUACAUGUCAGCACACUUCAGGUGGUAGAAACUCGGAAGAAAGUUUGCACCUCCAAGUCUGACCUACGCGCCAACGACUUCAGUAUUGUGGGAUCUUUGCCCCGAGACUUUGAGCUUUCCAACUUUGACUGCUAUGGUAAACCUGUGGAGGUGCUGGGAGCCCUUGGUAAAUCAAAAAGCAAAGCCAACAAGAAACCCCCCCCACCCAAGCCUGUGAUUCCAGCCGCAGCAAAACGGGUUGAUCUUUAUGCACGAGCUCUCUUCCCCUUUUCAUUUCUGUUUUUUAAUGUUGUUUACUGGUCCGUCUAUCUUUAGAAGGAGGAUAUAUUGUUCUGCUUGUUCUAUUAAUGAAGGAACAUCUCCUUUGGCUAUUCAAGAAAAUAAUAUGUUCCAUAGACAGUUUUAAAAUUAUAUUUGUACAUAUAUUAUGAUAAUUCUACCUGCCAAACAUAAUAGUUCAUGAUUAAGAUGAAUGCUUUUAUCUAAAUGGGAAAGCUUUUUUAUCAAGGCAGGCAUGAACUAAUAUUUAAAUGAAAGAUAUAUACUAUAUACUCCCUAUAAUUAUGCAGAAAAUAAGACAUCAUUGUUGUUCGAGUCACCAGAAUGUACACAUAUGACAAAAAUGCAAAACAAGUUAAAGUAUGUUGAGGUACAUAACUUAUUUUACCCCAAACCCUUUUGAACCUUUGUUACAUAUGUAUUCAUUAAACAGCUGUCAAUGUUGCAUGGGCACACAACACUAUUUAAACCUGUGAAGAUCUGUAGGUAAUGAUACAUUUGGUGUGUAUACAGCUGAUAAUAUUAGGAAAGCAAAUUUUGAUGAUGAUUGUGAGUAUAAUUUUUGCCGUAUCAUUCGAGGUGCAUUAGGUGAGAUUUGUGAGAAACAGCAGAAAAGAGAAUGGAGGAUUUUGAAAUUAAACUGAAAGGCAUCCCCUCCCCUUGCGUUUCCCCGCAUAUAAGAAGCGCUGCAUUUCACACACCGGUGAUGGACAGGUAAGAUGGAUUCCCCGAAUGAGCCACGGAAGAAAUCCCCUGAUUGGUCAGAAAUUAGCGUUGUAAGGCACCAGGCACAGUCAACUCAAGAUGGAUAUACUCACAGCGCCCUUUAGUCAAUAAUAGCUGACGGCUGGUUAUUCCAUUUCUAAUUAAAAUUAUAGCCCUUAAAACUUACCUACAGACAAUUUAAAUGGUCCCAUCUCGGAAUUCUCUAACUGUUAGAAAUAUAUUGUGAAUAUUUUUUAUGCAUUCAAUUAAGGUUGUUUUAAAUAUCUUGUCCUUUUUUUAUAUUGUGGUGCAAUAUAAAAGUAAAAUAAAUAUGCAGCUAAGCUGGCCUAGUUGCCAGUGGCUUUCUCCAAUUAAUUGCCAACAGUUCUUGACCCUGGGUAUAUUCAUGAAUGGUAACACAAAAGGGCUGUAGGACUCGGGACAUUUAUAUAUUGUCUAUGACUCCUCUUGGACUCGUUGGGAUUUACACUUGACUUGUCUCUGUCUUGCCAAAGAAUACAUGCAUACAAGUAUUUUUUGUAUAUCCUCCUUCAAAAACAGAGGGAAACCGUCAGGGCCCUCUAGGGCCGAAGAUAUUCUGAUUUUAUUUUCUUAAUUCAUUCUUUUACAAUCAACUUCUAAAAAUACGGUUUCUGAGGAAAUAAACCCUACAUUAAAUCAGAAUGCUGCCGAGUCUGCCGUGGUUGGGAAGAAAAUGCGAUGCAGCUCUGUGAUUGGUCAGCCGGCUAUAAUUUCACCGGGUCGAGUAAUAGUAAUUCAAUGAGACAAAUUUUCAAAUGACAGUAAAAUUAACCGUCCAUAUCAUCUUGGACACAAAUCCAAUAAACAAGUGGGUUAAUUUAUGGCCCAACCUGGUAUCAACGGCAAUUUCGUGCUAAUGCUCAAGAAAAUUAACCUAUUGAAUCGUGUCCCAGAGCACGAUUGUCCGACUUUUUCGUGCUAAACAGAAUGAAAUGUGAACCUAUGCAUUUGGAUUUGGAGCGUUUCUCCGACUUUUUCUUGCUACACAGAACAACUUUCAAACCGCGUAGGUUUGCGCAGAUAGUGCAGUGCACCCUCUAAUUAUGUAUAGGUCAAAACCUCAAAUAUAACAAAGGGUAUGCGCCGUGUAUAAUGGACACUCCGAUUUUUGCAGCAGACCUCCUCAAAAACUGAAACUAACCACGUCCCUUACGACGAAAUAUCGACUUUUACGUACAAUACAGAACAAAAUGUAAAACAAUGCAUUUUGAAUGGGAGUGUUUCUCCGACUAUUUUCGUGCUGGAUUAAACAAAACGUGAGAGGAAGCAAAGAAGGGAGACAGAGAGAGCGAGAGAACGGCUUCAGACAGAGUGUGCGGAGACAGUACAGUGCACCCACUAGUUAUGUAUGUUGUAUGUUAUGUGUUUGGGGAAAAGCAUUCUGCUUCAAUACUACAGUUGGCCAUAGGGCAAAACCGUUUAGUAUGUUUGGUUGAGAAUAUUAUUAGAGAUAACAUUUGUGUCCAAACCAACUCUUGUAAUUCACUUCCAGCCAUAUAUACUAUUUGUAUUCUCA